AUGGCUGGUUCCAUUUCUUUGAGGGCUCUUCUCUUGAGUGCUUUUGCCUCGGAGGCUAUUGCGAGUUGUGCUUAUGGUACGCUUUUGCAGCCGAGAGCUGAGGGCGGCAAGGUUGAGGUUAACACCUUCGGUUACACUGGCAAGAUCGGCCCUACCAAUUGGAAUGCUCUCGACCCUCAGGCCAACGCUCUCUGCUCUACCGGCGUGAACCAAUCUCCCAUCGACAUGGUCGCAGGCGCCAACGCCAUGGUCCCCGCCAGCCAGCUCAGUCUCGAAAUCCCCGAUAUGCUCGAGGGCGCUGAAUUCGAGAAUCUCGGCACAACCGUCGAAGUCGUCGCUGGAAAGGGUACCAUGUCUUUCCAGAACAAUAGCUUCACUCUCCAGCAGUUCCAUUUCCACUUGCCCAGUGAACAUCUCGAUGCUGGAAAGAGUAUGGCUAUGGAGAUGCACAUGGUCUGGGAGAGCGCCGAUGCCAAGAUCGCUGUUGUUGGUGUCUUUAUUGAUGUUGAUGAUGGCGCUGGUGGAAGCCCUGCUGGUAACGCUACUGCUCCUGCUCCUCCUGCUGCGACACCUGCGGCUCGCAAGCGUGAUGGCUUUACCAAGGUCGUUCGUAAGAGUACUGAGGGCAAGGAUAAGCGACAACUUCCUGGCGUUGGCGGUUCUUUCUUCCAUGUCAAUGCUCCCACUACCGCUGCAACCACUGCCUCCAACCUUCUCGAGACUGUCUUUGGUUCGGUUGGUGAGAUCUCUGAGCCUGGAACUCUCACCAAGACCAAGGGUCUCAACAUGGCUGAGCUGGUCAGCACUCUUGCUGCAGGAUCUUUCCAGACAUAUGAGGGUUCUCUCACAACUCCCCCCUGUAGCGAGGGUGUCCGAUGGCUCGUUUCCGACCAGAAGCUCUCUAUCAAGACAUCCACCUUCCACAGCGUUCAGUCCGUUAUUGGCUUCAACUCUCGAUUCCCCCAGGGUGCUCUUGGUGAGCCCAACGCCCUUGCAGGAAUGGCAGCCUAG